AUGAGCAAAGCAGUUCUCCUCUUCUCCGGACAAGGUGCCCAAAAAGUGGGAAUGGGCCAAGACCUCGUCAAAGCCUAUCCAGAUGCCAAAGCCCUUUUCGAAAAAGCGGACUCCGUCCUCAGCCGCCCUUUGACCGACGUCAUGUUCAACGGCCCCUCCGAAGAUCUGACCCGCACUGGAAACUGCCAACCCGCUCUUUUCCUUCAUGGACUUGCCCUUCUCAAAGUCCUUCGCCAGAAAGUCCCCUCGCUCGAACCCGUCGCUGCCGCCGGACUUUCCCUCGGAGAAAUGACCGCACACUGCGCCGCCGGAACUUUCACCUUUGAAGAUGGACUCAGACUUGUCGCCCGCCGUGGUGAACUCAUGGAUCAAGCCUGCGCAGCCAAUUCUGGAACCAUGGCCGCCAUGAUCGGAGGCACGGACGGAGAGGUCGCCCGACUCGCUGCCGAUUGUGACGUCGACGUCGCCAAUUUCAACUGCCCCGGCCAAACCGUUCUCUCCGGAAAAGAGGAAGGCAUCGACGCAGCCGUUUCCAAGGCCAAGGAAUACGGACUGCGCAUGGGCAAAAAACUCCAGGUUGCCGGUGCCUACCACUCCCGCCUCAUGGCCGGAGCGCAAGAUCAAUUGGGAGAAACCCUCGCCGCCACGGAAUUUAGCGAACCGAAAAUCCCUGUCGUUUCCAACUUCCUAGCUCAACCAGCCGAAGGUCCCGACGCUAUCCGCGCCUCGCUCAAAAACCAGGUAACUGGUUCGGUCCGCUGGAUCGAAUCAAUCCGCCUUCUCCGCGAACAAGGUCACAAACUAUUUAUCGAGCUCGGACCAGGGAAAGUUCUCUCCGGGUUUAUGACAAGAAUCGACCGAGAAGCCCGGAUUAUUUCCAUUGAGGAUGCAGAAUCUUUGGAGGCUGCCGUCGCCGAACUUUCCUGA